GCACACUCCUGUCGGGCCGACGCCCACGGUUUUCGAGGCCUUUCAUCGUCACGAGUUUGUUGCAGCCUCAGCGCCGGCCAAGAUCCGGACGCUGCCAACACCGCUGCCCGCACUCCAGAAACCUCUCGACGAGGAGGAGAUGGCUGCCUCCCGGCCGAGGGUCCAGGAGCUUCCACCAGAAGAGAUGCCAAAG